UGUCUUUUGUGUGCGUUUGUUAGUAUGUUAUAAUAUUUUUUAGAAACAGCAACAUCAACGGUGAAGACAGUUGCAAAAAGAGUUACCGUGGAAAAUCACAAGGGCGCCGAGGGGAGGGGAGUUUUCGUUCAGUGACGCUUGCGGAGAUGAACUCAUUCAUAGGGCUCAUAAUAUACAUGGGAAUUGUAAAGGUUCCUGAGCUCUCUGAAUACUGGUCCACAACCUUUCCAUUUCACGGAUUGUGGGCCAGACGGUUCAUGUCACGCAAUCGUUUUGUCGCUAUACUGUCGGUCCUGCAGCUGGAGAAUCCUCGCACUGACAAGGACCAAGGGACUGACCCAUUGAGAAAUGUCAGAGGCCUCGUUGAUGCCAUGCGCCUCAACUGCAUCAAAUAUGGUCAGCCCCAUGCCCGUGUCUCACUUGACGAGCGAAUGGUCAAAGCCAAAGGUCGUUUUGGCUUUAGGCAAUACAUGAAGAACAAACCCGUCAAGUGGGGAGUGAAGUUGUAUUGUGUAUGCGAUUCCAUCUCCGGCUACACAUACAACUUCGAGAUAUACACGGGCAAAGAGCGACAAACAUCGGAUGCGGCGACGACAGCAGCAACAACAUCAGCUGCAACAACAACAACUGCAGCAACAACAACUGCAGCAACAACAACAACUGCAACAACAACAUCAGUUGCAACUACAACAUCAGCUGCAACCACAUCACGAUCGCGGAUGACACAAGUGUGA